AAUCCUGCUGGAAAAACUGAAAAUUCCACUGGAAAACCUCCUCGGGAUCCCAAAAAUCCUGUUGGGAUUCAGAAAAAACAGACUGGGAUGAAGAAAAUCUUGAAAAUCCUGCUGGGAACCCCCCUGGAUUUCCUGGAAACCAGCAGAAAUUCCUAUAAAAGAGAAGAAUUCCCAGGGAAAAGAGUGGAAAAGUGCAGAAUUCCCUGGAAAAAUGGUAGGAUUUCCUGGAAAAUUGCAGAAUUCCCGGAGAAAGCAGUGGGAUUUGGAGGAAAAAAGCGGGAUUUGACUGUAGAAGAGCGGCGUUCCCAAGGAUCCAGGAGGAACCCAGCAGAAUUCCCAGGGAUUUCCAGGAAAAUCCUGACUUUUUUUGGAGGGAAAACAGCGGAAUUCCAAGGAAAACCUGGACUGAGAAUCGCCAUCACAGGCGCUAAUUAACUCCGACAGCGCUAAUUAACGACUAAUUCGUGCCUAAUUAACCCCCCUAGGGACUCCUUUGUACGGACAUAUUUAUUACAAUUAACCCAUCUGGGCCGUUUUUAACCCAAUUUGCCCCGUUUGGUUGUGCCUGACCGCGAGGCCAUUAAAAACCAGCGACUGUGCCGCGUGCUGUGCUGCGGGGCUCGGGGGGAACAGCGAGGGGGGGUUUUGUGUGCGGGUGAAGCGGGAGAAGGGCGGCGAGGCAGCCGCGCUCCUCCGGGCAGCGCCGCCACGCAAGGCCGAGGCUUCACUAGGCCGCGCUAGGCCGCGCGUUGCUAAGCAACGCGUCGCGCGCCAGGGCAACUUCCUGUUAUAAACCCGCCGUCGCUUAGCGACGCGUCGCGCUGCUGACGUCACUUCCCCCUCCUUCUUCCCCCGGCGCCGCCAUCAUGGCGGCCGUGUCGGUGUUCCCGUCCCAACGCGAGCUCGGCGCGGCCCUGGCGCGGCUGGUGGCGGAGGCGGCGGCCGAGGCGGUGGCGAGCGGCGGCCGCUUCACGCUGGGGCUGUCCGGGGGCUCGCUGGUGCCGCUGCUGGCGCGGGAGCUGCCGCCCGCCCUCAGCGCGGUUCCCGGCGCGGACCCGUCCCGCUGGCUCGUGGCGUUCUGCGAUGAGCGCCUGGUGCCGCCCGAGCACCCCGAGAGCACCGGCGGCGCCUACCGGGUGAGCGCGGCGCCGCGAGGGGCUCCGGGGCCGGCCCGGUCCCUCCCGGUCC